UUAAACUACAAUUCCCAUGAUGCACCGGGUAGCUACACCCCAAGGAAGUCGGGGAAAUAACCCCAAACUUUGUCGGUAAAAAAGUUUGGUCAGCGCUUAAAGGUCAGUGUGCAGUGUGUGAGAGCCGAGGAGACUCUCCUGACCGCCGACCUGAACUGGGCUCCGGCUAUUUCCUGCUCCGCUGCAUUCACACAUCACGCACAGGUACGAUGGCAGAGAGGGUUCUGGUGGUUGGCGGCGGUGGGCGGGAGCACGCGCUGGCCUGGAAACUGGCCCAGUCGCUGCAGGUUCAGCAAGUCCUGGUGGCCCCGGGAAAUGCAGGCACAGCCAGCUGUGGGAAGAUCUGCAACUCUGAGGUAUCUGUCAGUAACCACACCAUCUUGGCCCAGUUCUGCAAGGAUCAUCACGUGGGUCUGGUUGUGGUCGGACCUGAGGUGCCGCUGGCCGCAGGUAUUGUGGACGACCUGACAGCGGCCGGAGUGCCUUGUUUUGGCCCGUCUGCCAAAGCAGCUCAGCUGGAGGCCAGCAAAAGCUUUUCCAAGGCCUUCAUGGAGCGUCACGGCAUCCCCACAGCCCGUUACGGCUCCUUCACUGACCCCCAGAAGGCCUGCGACUUCAUCCGCACGGCCGACUUCCCGGCGCUGGUGGUGAAGGCCAGCGGUCUGGCAGCAGGGAAGGGAGUCAUCGUGGCAGGAGACCAGGACGAGGCUUGUCGGGCUGUGAUGGACAUCAUGAAGGAUGGAGCCUUUGGCUCUGCAGGGGAAACCGUGGUGGUUGAAGAACUUCUCGAGGGAGAGGAAGUGUCUUGUCUGUGUUUCAGCGACGGCUCCUCAGUGUCUCCGAUGCCCCCGGCGCAGGAUCACAAGCGUCUGCAGGACGGCGACCUGGGCCCGAACACUGGAGGCAUGGGGGCCUAUUGUCCCACCCCUCAGGUGAGCCAGGAGCUGCUGCAGCAGAUCAGAGAGACGGUCCUUCAGAAGACCGUGGACGGGAUGAAGGAGGAGGGAACUCCUUAUGUGGGCGUGCUGUAUGCAGGGCUGAUGCUGACCAAGCAGGGGCCGAAAGUCCUUGAGUUCAACUGUCGGUUUGGAGACCCUGAAUGUCAGGUGCUGCUGCCACUCCUGAAGAGCGACCUGUACGAAGUGAUCUUGAACACCAUGAAUGGCAAAUUGGCCAGCAGCGCCCCCGUGUGGCACCAGGACAGCUCUGCAGUCACUGUGGUCAUGGCCAGCGCAGGUUACCCCGGCUCCUACAAGAAGGGAGUGGAGAUCACAGGCCUGUCCCAGGUUCAGGACUUGGGGCUGCAGGUUUUCCACGCUGGCACCUCUCUGAAGGACAGAGGCGUGGUCUCCAGCGGCGGGCGGGUCCUGACCGUCACCGCAGUCGGGGCGUCCCUGGAGACUGCCCUACGGGCGGCCAAUCAGGGCGUGGCGGCCGUCGGCUUUCCGGGUGCGGUGUACCGCCACGACAUUGGCCACAGGGCCAUCGCCUACCUGAACCAACACAGAGGCCUGACCUACAAGGACAGCGGAGUGGACAUCGCCGCUGGUAACAAACUGGUGGACACCAUCAAGCCUCUGGCCAAGGCAACCUCCCGUCCUGGCUGCAAUGCAGAACUGGGAGGCUUUGCUGGGCUGUUUGACUUGAAGGCAGCAGGUUUUGAUGACCCGAUCCUGGUAUCUGGGACAGAUGGAGUGGGGACCAAACUCAAAAUCGCCCAAGCAUGUGGCCAGCAUGGCGGCCUGGGUCAGGACCUGGUGUCCAUGUGUGUGAACGAUGUGCUGGCUCAGGGCGCCGAGCCGCUCUUCUUCCUCGACUACUUCUCCUGCGGCCACCUGGACGUGGACGUGGCUGCCGCGGUGGUCGGUGGAAUUGCAAAGGCCUGCGAGAUGGCUGGCUGCGCUUUGCUGGGUGGUGAGACAGCAGAAAUGCCAGGUGUCUACGCUCCUGGAGAGUACGACCUGGCCGGGUUCUGUGUCGGAGCGGUGGAGCGUGGAGCCCUGCUGCCCAGGCUGGAGGACAUCACAGAGGGGGACCUGCUAGUCGGAGUCGCCUCCUCUGGGGUCCACAGCAACGGCUUCAGUCUGGUCCGCAAAGUCCUGGAGCGGACCGACCUCAGCUUCAGCUCCCCUGCUCCUUUUGGCAAGUCGGGACAGACUGUUGGGGAGGUUUUGCUGACACCAACGAAGAUCUACAGCCGUCUCCUGCUGCCGAUACUUCGCAGCGGCGCCGUCAAAGCCUACGCUCACAUCACAGGGGGAGGCCUGCUGGAGAACAUCCCGCGGGUGCUGCCCCGGGAACUGGCAGUCGAGUUGGAUGCCUCUCGAUGGAGCAUCCCCCCUGUGUUUUCCUGGCUCCACAAGGAGGGCGGUCUGAGCGAGGAGGAGAUGGCCCGGACCUUCAACUGCGGUCUCGGGGCAGUGCUGGUGGUGUCACCAUCGGAUGCUCAAAUGGUCCUGAGCCAACUUCAAGCACAUGAAGAGGCCUGGAUCGUGGGUUCACUUGCCCACAAGCAGCCUAGGGUGGAACCUGUGGUGGUGCGCAACCUCAAACACAGCCUGCUGAAUGCAGGACCCAUCUGCACAGGAGAACUGGCUGUUGAACCUAACGGUGGUUGCCACGGUGAUGGGAGCACGCCACGCAAGAGGACCAGAGUUGCUGUUCUCAUCUCCGGCACAGGCACCAACCUGCAGGCGCUGAUUGAGGAGGCCAAGCGUCCAUCCAGCUCUGCAGAGAUUGUGGUGGUCAUCUCCAACAGACCUGGAGUUCAGGGUCUGAAGAGAGCGUCGCUGGCCGGCAUCCAGACACGGGUAGUGGACCACAAACUUUAUGGGAGCCGAGCAGAGUUCGACGGCACUAUUGAUCGCGUGCUGGAAGAAUUUGGGGUGGAGCUGGUGUGUCUCGCAGGAUUCAUGAGAAUCCUCACUGGGACUUUUGUCAAGAAAUGGAACGGAAAGCUACUGAACAUCCACCCAUCCCUGCUGCCCUCGUUUAAGGGUGUGAAUGCCCAGAAGCAGGCUCUACAGGCUGGGGUGCGGGUGGCCGGAUGCACAGUCCACUUUGUAGCAGAAGAGGUGGAUGCGGGAGCCAUCAUCGUGCAGGAGGCGGUACCUGUGCUGGGCGGCGACACAGAAGAGAGUCUGUCUGACAGAAUCAGGCAGGCGGAGCACCGAGCCUUUCCUGCAGCUGUGGAGCUGGUGGCCAGCGGCGCCGUCCGGCUGGGGGAGGACGGCCGCAUCGCCUGGAAGUCAGAUUCACAGAGUUAAUAAACGGAGAUGAACCAACACUGAAAA